UUGCUCAUAUAGUGGCGCAGCCCCCUCCCAAGCCGGCGUAAACGGACACCCGAGGUCGAUGUCGCUAUAUAAACCCCCGUUUCUGUUCUCAUACGGGAUCCCAGCGUCCUGCCGUCCCACAGCGAGAGAGGGGAUGCGUCUGGCGGAGCAGCGGUCAAAGCACAGCAGCUCCUACAAGUGCGUGAUGGACGAGGAGAACGCCCCGCUGGAUUUCCCAGCUGUGUUUGAAGCAGCUCUCCAAGGCAACAUUGAGCUUCUGGAGACGUUCUGGAGAAGCCGGCCGGGGUCCCUCUGUGCCCGAGAUGAGUCUGGUGCUACCCCCCUGCACUAUGCCACCUCCGCGGGAAUUCCUCCUGUCGUCCAGUUUCUCGCACAUGCAACCGGCCCCAAGGCACUGAAUGCACAGGACUUUGAGGGGAAGACCGCGCUGCACUGGGCUGUGGAGAAGAACCAGCUGGAGGUGUGUGGGACCCUGCUGGAGCUAGGGGCUGACCCGAACGUGCUCGACGCUGCACUCAUGUCCCCCCUGCACAUGGCCGUCAGCCUGCGGCACCACCACCUCGUCAACCGGCUGCUGUCCCAUCGCAAUACUGACGCCAACCUGGAGGGGGAGCUGGGGAACACGCCAGUCAUUCUGGCCUGUUCAAUGGACAACUGUGAGGCCCUCAGUAGCCUGUUCCAACACGAUGCCGCUAUAUGCAAGCAGAACAAGCUGGGCCACUUCGCUAUCCACGCUGCGGCAUUUGCAGGGGCCAGGAGGGCCAUGGAGCUGGUGCUCAGGCAGGGGGAAAGGUUGGGCUACAGCACAGAAACACAAAUCAACUACUUGGACAAGUCAAGCAACAGCCCCCUCCAUCUCGCCGUACAUGGCGGAGACAUUGAUGUCAUCAGAUUCUGCAUCGACAAAGGUGCCAGAAUCGACCUCCGGCAGUGCGACAAAUCCACGGCCCUGCAUUUUGCCUGCACCCAGGGUGCGAAGGGGGCUGUGGAGCUGAUGCUGGCCAGUUACGGCAGGGUGGAGGAUAUCAUCAACAUCACCGAUGGUGCCAACCAGACGCCCCUACACAGGACGAUGAUAUUUGACUAUGCUGAGCUGGCAGAGUUACUCAUUUCAAAGGGUGCAGAUGUGAACCGCGUAGACUGUAAGGGUCAUUCGCCCCUGCUACUGGCCACCAGCUGCAGUGCCUGGAGGUGUGUGGCACUCCUGCUCUCCAGAGGUGCCGAUAUGAAGAUGAAGGACAGAUUCGGCAGGAACUUUCUGCACCUCGUGGUUCUGCAGCCCAAGGGCCUGAAGAACCUUUCAGAAGAUACGCUCCAGCUGGACAGUGUGAGCAUGCUGCUGGCCGACGAGGAUUUGGAGGGCUGCACGCCCCUCCAUUACGCCUGCCGUCUUGGCACCCUCGACAGCGUCAAGAGCAUGCUGGGGCUGGACGCGUCGGUGUGCCACAAAUCCCGGGACAAGAAGUCGGCCCUUCAUUUCGCAGCUCAGUAUGGGCGGAUCAACACGUGCCACAGGCUAUUGGAGGGCAUGGUGGACUCCAGGCUUCUCAAUGAGGGCGACCAGAAAGGCCUGACACCCCUGCACCUGGCGUCCCGCGGCGGCCACACCAAAGUGGUGGAGCUCCUACUGAGGAAGGGGGCGCUCUUCCACAGUGACUACACGGGCUGGACGUGUUUGCAUCACGCGGCGGCGAAGGGCUUCACCAAGACCAUGAACCUGCUCCUGGGGGCCAACCUGAAGCUGUUGGACAAGCCGGACGAGGACGGGAGCACAGCUCUGCACGUGGCGGCGAAGGAGGGUCACGCCUCUGCCGUGAAAUUGUUGCUGAACCGGGGCGCAAAAGUCACCUUCAACAAGAAUGACGCCACCUUCCUGCACGAAGCACUAAAAAAUGGCAGAAAGGAGGUGGUCGAUGCUGUUAUAGAGUCUGAGAGGAGUGAAGAGGCCCUGAAGACCUACAAUCCUAGAUCCAGUAAUCGAUGCGUAAUUCUGGAGAUGAUAGAACUCCUCCCAGAGUCCUUGAAGUAUCUCCUGGACCAGUGUAUUAAGGAAUCUGAAGAUGACGUCAACAGCUCAGAGUACAAAAUUACAUACAACUUCAGAUGGCUUCAGAUGCCCAUAAAGAUGUUCAAAAAGUUGCAAAAGGAUGAGGGAAACACAGCCCAACCUCUUGCUGCACUCAAUGCCAUGGUGCAGUAUAACCGCAUUGAGCUCCUCUCCCAUCCUGUGUGUAAGAAGUAUCUGGAAAUGAAAUGGAAUGCCUAUGGCAGCAAAGCUCACAUCCUGAACCUGGCCAUGUACUCGCUAGGCCUGCUGCCUCUUUCUCAUGUCAUCGUGACCUUGAGGCCGGACUACAGCAACACAGCCAACGGCACGUCUCUGCGCAUGGAGUCCAACUCCCUGGAGAAGCAGAGCUACAUCCUGACAGUCUGCAUGUUCCUGAUUCUGGCCAUGAACCUCUACACCAUAAUCAAGGAGCUGGUCCAGCUGCUGCAGCAGCGCCUCAGCUACUUCAGGGACGUGUCCAACUCCCUGGACUGGGGUGCGGCCGUCUCCUCACUCAUCUUUGUGAUCCCUCUGUUGAUGAACCUUCCGACCUCCUGGUCCUGGCAGGCCGGAGCCUGGGCCGUCUUCUUCUCUUGGGUCAACUUCCUGCUCUAUCUGCAGAGGUUUGAACAUUUCGGCAUCUACGUGGUCAUGUUCGGGGAAAUCAUGAGCACCCUCAUCCGCAUCAUCAUGCUCUUCUUCUUCCUGCUGCUGGCCUUCGCCCUGGCCUUCUACUCGCUCAUGCUUGGUCAGGAUAAUUUCGAUAGGCUGGACCUCUCGGUGAUGCAGACCUUCAUCAUGAUGGUGGGGGAGCUGAACUACCGGGAGAACUUCCUAGAACCCUAUUUGAACGGGAAUCUCUGCUUUCCAUAUUUGACGUAUGCCACCUUGGUUUGGUUCAUUCUCCUCAUGCCGAUUCUUCUCAUGAACUUGCUGAUAGGUCUGGCGGUUGGGGACAUCGCGGAGGUGCAGAGGAAUGCGGCCCUCAAGCGCAUUGCCAUGCAGAUUGAGCUACACACCAGUCUGGAGGAGAAGCUACCCUACUGGUUCAUGAAGCGUGUGGACCAGGAAACCCUCACUGUUUACCCAAACGGAAUCUGUGGCAAAAAGACCGGCCCUCUGCACUUCCUGUCUGAUAAGGGCCCCCCCAAGGUGCGCACCCGGCUGUCCGCCAGCACUCAGCAGCUGACCCCCUUUGAGUACGAGGUGCAGAAGCAGAAGCUCAGGCUGAAAGAGAUCUCUACCAUCCUGGAGAAGCAGCACAACCUUCUGAAGCUCGUCAUCCAGAAGAUGGAGAUCACCUCUGAAGCCGAGGAGCACGACGGCCCUCAGCUGACCCCGGUGCCCCCCCCUGAGGCCCAGCUGCCAUGCGUCAGGAACCGCUGGGUGCCUUUGCUGAAGGCCGUGACCAGAAAGAAGUAGCCAGUGCCAUGUGGCUGAACCUCGCCUCUGUCCCCAGAACCGCGCCUGAUGGCUAUAUCUACGUUGCUGCUCUGGAAUGCUGCCCCCUAGUGAUGCCCUUAGGCUGAAUGUUUGCACCAGUCACCUAGAAUUUCGCGCAGUUUGGCCAUCUCCUGAAAGUCUUCUUUGGUCCCCGCAGCCCAGAUUACUGAAUAAUAAUGUCAUAUUAAGUCGUAGCAUAGUGUGUCGCCUUGUUUGUUUAGUGAUUCAUGUCUCCUGUUCCUGAAUUCAUGUGGCGUCUGUAAAGAAGUCUGUAAAGACGUCUGUAAAGAAGUCUGUAAAGACGUCUGUAAAGAAGUAAGGGGGUGACUCAUGGGCUGUUUUAGCACUUGAGACUCGCGAUCAGGAUCAUGACUUUACAUCUCCACUGUGAACCACCCCCCAGUCCACAGUGAUGUUUGAUGAUAGCUCAGUACUUUCACGAUUAAUCAUAAAGAGCUGGGAUCUACAACUGGCUACAGAUGCAUCCCUUAUCUGCUAAGCUGUGUAAACCCAUGAAACUGGAGCUUAUUAAGGACAAACUGGAAAUCAAACAGACCGUUUUUACGAUUCAUGGUCUCGCACAUUUGGAUGUAUCUUGGUCCAUUAGCAUAGCUAAUUACUGACUGCGCUUAUUGUCUGUGAUGUUACUCCUGUUAGUCAUCAUAUUUUAGCCUUGGUACCGGUGUUGCUCGGUGAAGCUUCUCUGUUCUGUGUUAUUUUAUUUGUAGGUUCGGCGUAGUGAAUGUGACCCUCGAAAUCUCAUUCUCAUUCUGACCGACUUCUAACCGAGGCUGUAGA